AUGGUGCAAUCACUACAGGCGCUCAACAACAGGUUUUGGCAGGGCUUAGAUCCCAAGAAGCCUGAGCGACUUUCCAAAGUUCUCGCUGCCCUCUAUUGCUUCCACAUCGCACCGCCGACCGACGUCUUCCACUGCGAAUUUACUGUUCAUCCCGCCGACCAUGAUCGCAUUUUCGGCGCCUUUCCCGAGUUGCAGCUGCUGGAGAAACUCGUCGGCAGAGACAUACCUUUCCACUUCGACGCAAACACAGGCAGCCUCAUCACCAUGGACAACACCGCCUACCACAAGCAUCUCAUCUUCGACUUAGCGGUCGAGAUGCGCAUUGGUCUGAGAUCCCUCCACACCCACCCAGGCUCCGUCGGCGCACUCGCCCAGAAGGUACAGUCGUGGGAUACCCGCCCUGCUGACAGCGGCACGAUCCGUGAUCAAAAUGGCAAGCCGACAGCCAAGACUACCGGCGCCGCCUGGGCGUUUGGUGUCCCGCCAGACCGGAAUGCGACCUUCCUCGUAGACUUCGCCGGCCCCCAUAGCAACGCUCCAAGCAGACACGCCCAAUACAUCACCGCGCAUGGCGCCCGAACCGUUAUCUCGCUCCAGCUCAGCUUCACGACAACGGCUUGGCUCGGCGACGAGGCGAACUACAAACACAUGGCCGACAACACGACCGUCUGGGUUUGGACAAAAGUCGAUGGAAAGGCCGAGCCCGUCGUCGAGCGGGAGCCGCUGUCGACCCCCGGCGGGCAGAUCAAGCUUUGGUUGUCGGACUUCGUCCACAUGGCCGAAGGCAAUGACCUCCCGAGCGAGUUUGUUCGACCUCCCUACGACGUAGCGGAACGCGCCGCAAACAUCACGAUCCCGUACUCGGUCAUGCUUGAGUCGCUCAAGAAGUCCUCGCACAUUAGAUGGAUGCCCACUGGCGAUAAGCCGCUGCCCUCCAACGACAAGGUCAACAACAAGCGGCCGACCAACAACGGCGUCCCGGGCGGCAAGCGAUUCUUCUCAGUCGCCGCUCACGGCGUUCCCGGUCCCCGCAAGACGGCGGCCGGUAUGGCGCUUGACCCGGCAGUCGCGGCGCGCCGUGCUUCGGCCGCCUCGGUCGGCCGCUUCUCGACACGCUUCCUGCGGGCCUUCCACAAGUGAUGUCCCUCCGGCAGCAUCGCGUCUUUUGCGUUGAUGACCCCAGUCGGCCGCCGCUUCUUCGGCAGACUUCUUUCGGGCCUUUGGCAAGUGACGCCUCGUCGGAGCCUGUGUUGCAUCGGCGGCCGGUACCGAGAAAGGAGGUGUUGGUUGACGGAGCCAGGGAUGCGUGGUAGCUUGCUGUAUUCUUAGAGAGAUAUUAGAUAGAGAAGCGGGCAGCUUCCUUCACAC